AUAGCUUUUUUUUAACUUUUUUUAUAGCUUUUUAUAGAUUUUUUUAUAGAUAUUAUUUAACUUUUAUAGCUUAAAAAAUAAAAUAGCAUAAAAAAAAAUUCCUAGCCUCAUCUUAUAACUCCUGCUAAAACUAUUAUUUAGCUGUGGCUGGGGUUGUAAAAAGACCCAAAUUUGGCUGGGGCUGGGGCCCCAGUCACUCACUACACACAAGUGUGGAACCACUAAACUAAAAACUUUUUUUUUUUUUUAUGCUUGUUAAUUUUUCAAAUUUGUUUAUGUUUUUUUUUAUACACAUGUUGUACAGUAAAAAUGAAGAUGGAAGCAAAGUUUAAAAAAUUUUGCCGUAGUUGAAUUUCUUGAUGAAAAAAAAAAAAAACUGGAAACAGCUAAAAAUAAGAGUUCUUUAUUAUUCUGACAGUUAUGAAACUGCUGUAGAACAAAUGAAAAUGUUAGAGUUCACAUCAAGCGUUGAAACAGCUGCUGAUAGCGAUGAAAAAUUGUCCAUGCCACUAGCUAAAAAGUUAGCAGUUUGUAAUACAAGUGACACUGAGGAGACAUAUCCAUCAGUUUCCCCAAGAUUGAAGAAAUCUUUUAAUUGCCAAAAUAUUUUACAACCCACAACUGUUCGAUAUAUUGAGCCAUUUAGUUCGAAUCGUUCUCUACUGAUAUUUUCCUCUUCUGAUCAGAGCUUGGCAGCUGUUGUGGCUGCUUUAGGCACCCGAUUUCCUGCAUUUGAGAAGAAAAGUUUAGAGUUGCUUGUCAGUAUUCAAUAUGAUUUGAAAAAGUUAAACACUUGCCUAAUCAAUUUAGAAAAAGGUUUAGUGUUUCCUUCUGUUAGCAAUCAGAGCAUAGCAGGACCAUCCCCAUCAGUUAAAUGGAAUUAUUUGCCUGUUAAAUAGGAAAAAGAACUUCUGGACCUGGAUGAAAAAUUACGGAACAAAGAUAAAAAUAAAUGUAUAGUAUAAAAUAUACUAUACAUUUGAUUUUAAUUAAGGUACGGAAAAGAAUGCUUUAUAUACAGUAUAUUUAUUAAAUUGUGUUGUGGUUUUAACCAUUUAUGCCCAGUUAACUCAUUUAGUAGAGCAAUAAGCCUACUAAUCAUAGGAAGCCUCACAUUAGAUACUUGAGAUUGCAUUCACCCCGAUUUUUUUGCUGUUGUAAAGACAACCUAUGCUAGUGAAUGAAUAAUCUGAUACUAUAGUAUCAGUUUUUUUACACAAUAUAUUGUGUAAUUAUUGGUAGGGGUAUGAGAAGCUCAUAAACCUGUAUAAAAUUUUGUGUGGUAUUCUUCCUAGUGUUUUUAUCACUUUAUAAAACAUUUAUGACAAUAAGUCUUGAUCACCAAAACAGGUUGACCUCAGAGAUUGCAUCUAUUUGUAACAAAUUGCUUUU